AUGAGGUUACAGAGAAUAGUGGGAGAAGAUAGAGCCAUCCGUACUAACAUAUACCUGCGAAACGCACUCCUGGGUACGGCCUGGUCCUCCCGGCUGGAGUUCCCCCCGGGGUUCCAGUUCGGAGCCGCCACCUCCUCCUACCAGAUCGAGGGGGGCUGGGAUGCUGAUGGCAAAGGGCCGAGCAUAUGGGACCGUCUGUUCCACUCGGCGGCCAACAGCGGGUACUUCAACCAGACGGGCGACGUGGCGGCCGACUCCUACCACCAGUGGCGACAGGAUGUCAAGGCGGCUGCUGACAUGGGACUUGACUUCUACAGGUUCUCAAUAUCCUGGCCCCGUAUCCUGCCGACCGGUCGCACGAACGUGGUGAGCCCCGCCGGCGUGCGGUACUACAGUCAGCUGAUUGACGUGCUGCUGGCAGCCGGUAUCAAGCCGGUCGUGACGCUGUACCACUUCGAGCUGCCGGUCACUAUACAGGAUCUUGGUGGAUGGACCAAUCCGCUGAUCGUAGACUUGUUCGGUGAGUACGCGAGGCUGGUGUACUCCUUGUACGCGGACCGCGUGGACACCUGGAUCACCAUCAACGAGGGUAUCGUCAUCUGCGACCUCACAUACAACUUCGGCCAGUUCGCCCCUCAGAUCAAGGAGCCAACCUUCGCGCCGUUUCUGUGCAACAAGCACGUGAUGCUCGCGCACGCGAAAGCCUAUAGGAUAUACGAUGAGGAGUUUAGAGCGAAAUGUGGCGGCAAAGUAUCAAUAGCAAACAAUCUGCUUUGGGUAGAGCCAGUGACCCCGGAUGAUUUGGAGUUAGCCGAACUCGGAAGGCAGCAUUCGAUUGGACGAUUCUCGCAUCCGAUAUUCUCCAAGGAGGGUGGCUGGCCGCCGACCACAGAGAAGCUGAUGAGGGCAGUGAGCAGGAGAGAGGGCUACUCCCAAUCCCGGCUACCAGCCUUUACCGACGAGGAGAAGAAAUUUGUCCAAGGCACAGCAGACUUCUUCUCCCUGAACCACUACACCACGAGCAUGAUCAGACCGGCGCGGGCGGGGGAAGCCCCGGGCACGUGGUUCAUCAACGGCUCGGCGGAGCUCAACGCCGUGCUGGAACAUCCGCCAGGCUCUACGUAUGGUGCAUUGGAUAUUAUGCCGAUAUACCCGCCAGGUUUUCGUCGGCUGCUGAACUGGGUGAGACAGCAGUACGGGGAUGUGGAGGUGUUCGUGUCGGAGAACGGCCUGGCCACUAGCGGCACUAACCUCGAGGACCACAUCAGGGUGGACUAUUUGACCAGAUACAUGGAACAGGUACUUCUCGCUAUGGAGGACGGGGUCCGUGUCACCGGCUACACGGUGUGGUCUCUCAUAGACAAUUUUGAGUGGUUCGAUGGAUACAACACCAAGUUCGGUCUGUACGAGGUAGACUUCGAGGACCCUGCCCGCAGUCGCCGGCCGCGGCUGUCGGCGCACCACUACGCCUGCGUCAUCAAGCACCGAAGGCUGAAAUACCCGGAGAGCUGCGUUCAGGAACGAAGAAAUGGUAGAAGAUAGCAUGCGGCUUGAUUGAUA